GAUGGAGUAAAAAUGAGGAGUGAAAACAAAGAGUUAGGAGCAGGAGGUGUGGAUAAAGCCGGUCGGGAGAGUGCAGGCAGCGGCUGAUCGCUGUGGAGGGCGAUAACCAACUCCCCUGUGAGGUAACCCCUGCCCGAGAGGAGCCAGUAUUUAUCCACCUGUGUUGUUGGGGCGACGCUUCAAAGCCCAGAUGAAGAAGAGGAGGGAGAUGAAAAUGGUUCAGAUGUUGAGUUUCCCGUGGCCUCAGAGGAAGUCUACGAAAUAGUGGGUACUCUUUCUAAACCCGAGAGUACUAUUCCACUUUUCGCAAUGGAAACAUAUGCAGUUCCCUCUCGAGAAGCACUGUUAAGCCACUUGCUUGAGUGUGAAAUUAUUUUGUAUAAUAUCACUGAGGAUGCAAACCAAAUUGAGGAAGCAACAUGGGCUGCUUCUGCCCUACAUAAGGAAAUACAGACUUUUACAAAACAAAAGAUAUUCAUCCUCAUUUCAACAAUAAUGACCUGGGGAAAUACCAAACCCCUUGAUGCUGAAAAUCCUGAGGUUCCUUUUAAUGAUCAAGAUUUUCGCAAAAGAAGAUCUCAUCCUAGCUUUAUGGAUUACAUAAAUGCUGAAAAACACAUUGUAAAACUCGGGAAAACUAAAAAAGAAAAGUUUUCAACGUAUGUUGUUGCCUCAGGACAUCAAUAUGGAGCUGAGGAAGAACUCUUUCACUACUUUUUUAAGAUGUCUUGGCUUGGUGAGACUCCUGCAAUACCUGUUUUUGGAGAUGGAAACAAUAUUAUUCCAACCAUUCAUAUUCGUGAUUUAGCAGUAGUGUUGCAAAAUGUAGCUGACCACAGGCCAGACUUACAGUAUGUACUUGCAGUAGAUACAUCGAUGCACACUCUUGAAGAAUUAGUAAAGUGUAUCAGUCAAAAUAUUGGACCAGGAAAAAUUGAGAAGGUUCCUAAAGAAUAUGCUUUCCUUCGCAAAGAGCUAACACAAAAGCAGUUGGAUAUGUUGUUUGUGAACCUGCGAAUGGAACCUGUUCAUCUGAAAGAGAAUUUCAACAUGAGGUGGGUCGCUGAAGAAGGACUGAUAGAGAACAUUACACAAGUUGUCACAGAAUACAAGCAAACUCGAGGAUUACUGCCUCUCAAAGUUUGCAUUCACGGUCCUCCUGCGUCUGGCAAAACUACCAUUGCUAAGGAGCUCUGCAGACACUACAAGCUACAUUAUGUUAGGAUAAAUGAAGCGAUUUCUGAAAAAAUUGCAUAUCUGGAGGAAAUUGUGGCUAAAGCCCUUGACAGGGUGCAAGUAGAAGUCGAACUAGAAGGAGAAGAUGUACAGGAGGAGGAGGGUGAAAAUGUAGAAGCAGCAAAGGAAUUAUUAGAGGCAAUAAAAGAAAGCAUGAAGAAGAAUAAAGGUCGUCUAGGUCAUGAGUAUCUUAUUGAAAUUAUGAAGGACAAGCUCAUGUCUAUGCCUUGUAGGAAUCAGGGAUAUGUUUUAGAUGGGUUCCCAGAGACAUAUGGACAGGCAAGGGAUCUUUUUAAAGUGGAAGAUGAUGAAGAAGAAGAGGAAGAGGAAGAAGCAAAAGGCAAAAUGCCUAAAUUUAAUGAAAUAAUCAUUCCUGAAUUUAUUUUUUCUUUGACUGCAUCUGAUGAAUUCCUUAUAAACAGAAUAAUAAAUCUGCCAGAGAAUGAAGUUGUUGGAACUCAUUAUACUGAGGAACAGUUCCUGCAAAGUCUGAAACGCUUCCGCAAGUUAAAUACUGCUGAUACGACGGUUCUCAACUAUUUUGAUGAACUUGAAAUACAUCCUCAGCUUAUUGAUAUAGCUGUAUAUGAAGACUCUGAGAACAGCCUAACUGUAUCAAAGAUCAUCAAAGAAAUUGGAGAACCUCGGAAUUAUGGUUUGACAGAUGAAGAAAAGGAGGCUUUGGAACGCCAAGCAGCUGAGGAACGCAUUGUCAAAGAAGCUCAAGAAAAAGCUGAACAAGAGCGUAAAGAAGCUAAGGAAAGGGAAGAAAGAAUGGCAAGAUUGGAAGAGUGGAAUAAACAACAGGAGGAAGUGAAAAAACAAGAACAAGAAUUAUUGGAGGCACAGUCUAUUCCACUACGAAAUUAUUUAAUGAAGAAUGUCAUGCCAACACUUAUGCGAGGGAUAAACGAAUGUUGUAGGAUCAGGCCAGAUGAUCCAGUCAAUUUUCUGGCUGAAUAUCUCUUCAAGAACAGUCCUGAUAUCGACUGGAAUAAACGUUAAAUCCUAGCAACGAUAGGAAUUGUGAAACAAAAAGGGAGAAAAGUCCUAAUACAUUUUAGAUAAAAAUACUUAGUUUCUGAUGUUAUUUUUGUUUAGGCUUACUAUGUAAUCUUCAUUUUCCUUUCUCAUACUUUAUUACUAUUUUGUACUGGGUUUUUAAUACUCUUCUACAACAUUUUCAUUUGCUGCUUGUAUUGAUUAAUACAUUUACAUGUCUGUAUAUUAUUUUCCUAAUCCUUAGUGAAUGUAGGCAGCUAGCCUGAGAAAAACUUUUAUUAAAAAAAAAAAAAAAAAAAAAAAGGUAUUUCUACUGAAAAGGAAAAUAAAUAGAAGCAGCAAGCUGUCUUAUUUCCUCUCCCAGCUACCAAGAGGCAAAAAGUCACACAAUACAGUCUUCUUGUGCUGCACUGAAGACUGACUAAUAAACGAUUUCCCUGCGCAGGUAUGACAUAAAACCUGUGUUUUAUUUUGGUAUCAAACACACGGCUGUAGGACUUGUUUAAUUAUCUUCAACAUCCCACACCAGAUACAUAUUUUCUAGAGAUUUUUGAAGAAUCUAGACAGCACAUGGCUGUCCUUCUUAAUUUUGUUGUCUUCAUCCAGUGGUCACAGGAACCAUAUCUCCAGUGACUGAGCUGAAACUGCAUACUUGGUGUAAAACAAACAUGUGAUUUUGUCAAAACAGAAGUCAAGGACCCUUUGUGCAAAAGGAAGGGGGGAAAAGUGGAGGAGCUGAAAGAAUAGUGAUACAGAAACAUUUUACAGCUAUUUUGCCUGUAACUUUGAGUAUCAGAAUUUUAGAUAUGUUAAUGCUCGAUGUUUUUAUUCAGAUAUAUUAGUGUUUUUAUAGAAUAUCUUAUUUCAUCUGUUUUCAUAGUCACACAGACAAGUCGGGAAUAGAGUUCAGAACCAUCAUCUCCUACUCUAAGAAAACACAUAUUUUUGUGAUCUGUGUGUCAUAUAUGCUGUCAGCCCAAGAUAUCAUUUAUCCUGUGAGGCAGUUGAAGAUGAAAUAAUUGGUAGCUUUAGACAAUUUUUUAGUUUGAAAGUGUCAUUUUUCAGAAUUAAAGAUGAAACCUGGACACUCAAAAAGAGAGGGUAAA